GAACAAUGGAACAAAGGGCCCUCUUUUAGCUUUCACACUGGCAUCUCCCUGCCGUAGCUGUGCUUCACACAGCCAAGAAGAUGGAACAGAGAAAGGCAACAAGCGGUUCCCAGCCAGGAAGGCCCAGGAAAAAGGUGGACAACCCUUAUUUGGAGGCAGACCACAGCUUGCAGAUACAUCCUGGAUAUCGUAUGAGAAGGACAAAGAGAGAAUGGAGACCCUUGGAGGAUCGAAGUUGCACGGAUUUGCCGUGGUUCCUUUUAUUUACUGUAUUUUGCGUUGGAAUGGGUAGUAUCUGUGGAUUCACUAUCGCCACGGGGGGUGCAGCUCGUCUUGUCUUUGGCUACGACAGCUAUGGAAACACCUGCGGCCGGCGUAAUGAGCGGAUUGAAGGGGUUCGGUUGAGCGGACUGGAUCAAACGGACAAAAAAUAUGUGUUCUUCCUGGACCCGUGUAACAUUGAUAUAGUCCAGAGGAAGAUCAAGUCCAUGGCCCUGUGUGUGUCACUGUGUCCUGAUGAAGAGCUGAAGACGUACCAGGAUCUCAAGAGGUUCGCCAUGCACAAUGGGUCUGAGUUGUGUUCCUACGAGAUGGCUGGUCACAGGUAUCCCAACCUUCCGGAACGGUUCGACAAAUGUCCCAAACUUCCAGUUCCACCGAGCAAAUCCCUCCCGGUGUUCAACCGCUGCACGCCGGUGGACAUCUCGUGCUACGCAAAGUUCGCCGAAGCGGUGGUGACGUUCGUGAGCGACAACAGCAUGCUGCACAGGCUGAUUGCCGGCGUCAUGGCCAGCAAGGAGAUCAUCAUGGGCCUCUGCCUGCUGGCGCUAGUGCUCUCCAUGAUCCUGAUGGUAAUCAUCCGUUACAUCUCGGCUGUGCUGGUCUGGAUCCUCACGGCCUCCGUGGUCCUGGGUUCCCUGGCGGGCACGAGCAUUCUGUGGUGGCUGUACAUAGACCACCGGCUGACCGCCAACCAGACCGUGUCCACCAAGACCGUGGAGACAAAAGAUGCGAAGGUGGAGGCGGGGACGACCAGGGACAGUGCCCAGGGGCUGCUGGUGUAUGCCAUCGCCGCCACCGUCUUUACAGUGAUCCUACUCCUCCUGAUGUUGUUCAUGAGGAAGCGUGUGUCUCUGACCAUCGCUCUGUUCCAUGUGGCCGGUAAGGUGUUCAUCCACCUCCCCCUGCUCACCCUGCAGCCCUUCUGCACCUUCCUGGCCCUGCUGCUCUUCUGGCUCUACUGGAGCCUGGUCCUGCUCUUCCUCGGCACCACCGGGAACCCAGUCCAAAACGAGGAGACUGGUCUGACGGAAUUCCGUCUGACGGGGACCCUGCAGUACAUGACAUGGUACCAUGCUGUGGGCCUCAUCUGGAUCAGUGAGUUCAUCCUGGCCUGCCAGCAGAUGACGGUGGCCGGAGCCGUGGUUACCUACUACUUCACCAGGGACAAGACCAAGCUGCCACUGACGCCCAUCCUGUCGUCAGUACUGAGGCUGAUGAGGUACCACCUGGGCACCGUGGCCAAGGGCUCCUUCAUCAUCACCCUGGUCAAGAUCCCCCGUCUCAUGCUCAUGUACAUCCACAACCAGCUCAAGGGCAAGGAAAAUGCAUUUGCACGUUGCAUGUUGAAGACAUGUAUCUGCUGCCUCUGGUGUUUGGAGAAGUGCCUCAACUAUUUGAAUCAGAAUGCGUACGCAGCAACAGCCAUCAACAGCACUAGUUUCUGCACGUCAGCGCGCGACGCCUUUGUGAUUCUGGUGGAGAACGCUUUGAGGGUCGCCGCCAUCAACGCUGUGGGAGACUUCGUCCUCUUCCUUGGCAAGGUCCUAAUUGUGACGUCCACGGCGUUCGCGGGCGUGCUGCUGUUGAACUACCAGAGGGAUUAUGCAGAGUGGGUCCUCCCCCUCAUCAUUGUCUGCCUAUUUGCCUUCCUGGUGGCACACUGCUUCCUGUCCGUCUUCGAGAUUGUGGUGGAUGUGCUCUUCCUGUGCUUCGCCAUCGACACCAAAUACAAUGACGGCACACCCGGCAGAGAGUUCUACAUGGACAAAGCCCUGAUGGAAUUUGUGGAAAACAGCAGGAAGCUGGAGCGGGCGGCGGAGCGAGGGCGGAGCCGGCCCACAGAGGCAGUGUCGGUGGAGGGGGAGGAGAUGAAGCCCAUGGCUCCAGGAACAAGUUCAGCUUGACCAAAAUCACCUGAUGGGACUUUUUAAAAAAGACAUUCCAAAAUGUUUAUUUUUACCAAUGUGUAACAUGUUUACUAUGGUUUUACUCCAGGGAAUACAAUAUUUUAAUAAGAAACUGUAUAAAAAAAAUAACGAUGUAAUGAAGCACUUUAUAUUGAAGCGCUGCAUAUUUUAAAAGGCUGAUGCAUUUUUCGUAGUGAUGUCCUUUUUUAUAUGACAAAAAAAAAGAAUUGCCAUCUUGUCAAACACAGUACUAAAAUGUAUUGAAUCACUUUGGGUUGUUAACGUUUUGCAUAACAAGUUUGCCUUUUGUUUGGACUUCUCGAUCAACAAGAUACAUAUUUGUCAUGCAAUGAUAUAGCACUUAGGUGUGUUUUUAAUCAACCACAGAAACUUAUGUUAGACUCACAUUUGCAUUUGAAUUCUGUAUCAUGGAAGAGUGGUCUGUUUCGAAAUUUGUCUUUUUACCAGAAUGAGUGUGUGGGGGGGCUUUUUUUCACAGUAUACUUCUGCAAGUUUUUUCAAGGGUGGCUGUGUUUUGUUUUCCUUACAUUUUUUUGGAAUGUAAAGAAAUAGUGGCUUGUGAUCCUUCAACUGUGUACCAGCAGGAAGAAGAAAACAACAUGGUUUGGUGGAACAGAAGGUUACUAUCAAGUGGAAGUUAGUCAUGACCCAAUACACAUAGACAUUUCGUAGCUCUACAAGGAACCAUAAGGAUUGAGUUAUUUUAGUUAUCAGUUGUGCAUAAAGUCUAACUGAAAAGUAAAACCUCCUUACAAUCCAUUUGGUUAGGUGAGGGGGGGCUGCCACAUUGGAGCCUGGGGAGUAAGUAGGUGUAACUGUCUUGCUCAAGGACAGAACAACAUGCCGGCAUGGUAAUUAGAUCUAGCAAUAUUUCGGUUACUGGUCUGGUGCACAGAUUGCUAGGCUAUCUGCCAGACGAAGAAGACUUUCUAGGCACAGCGAACAGGGGAUUCAUUUUGAAUUGGGUGUGGAGUCUGUAGUAGGAACUAUCCAGAGAGCUGUGAAGCCUGUUUUCUUAGAACUCAACCAAUUGUCCUCUAGCUUAUUGAUUCACUCAGUUUAUUCAUCAAACCAAUCAAGCUCAUCACUGGGACUGAUUGAUCUUUGGCCUAAUCUGUAGUGUCUUCUAGUCCUGUUCCGCUGUCGUGGGAGGUGUCCGUAGAAAGUCAGCCACUUUGCAGCCCUCGAGCAAUAACAAAACCAUCAGUAUUUACCAUUACCACCACGUCUUCCUACUUGCACUACAGUUUUUAAAGAGCGACGUUUCUGGCGUGGCGACAGCAUCUCUGUGAUGCUCGAUGGAGGACAAACUCGCACUUUGCCUUAAAGGGUUCCAUAGGCGGUGCCCCUUAUCAUGUCGAUUUGUGAUGGCAUUCCUGUCCUAGGUGUGGAAAUGGGGGUAGACGUGCUGUAGGCCUUAAACACCGCUCUUUUAGCAGUGGAUUUGUGUAUUUUAAUACCCAAAUUACUGAAUCCAUCAGAGUGACUGAGGAACACCUUUGCCCCCCCCCCCCCCCCCCCCCCCCCCCCCCGUUGCUAUAUUUGAUCUACUAAAUCUGAAAAUGCUCCCUUUUUUGCUUGUGAAUGGUAUGAAUUGCAAACUAUGGUGUGUGCAUUUAUGUAUUGGGGAGUUAUUUGUGUUGAUAAGACUGAAUAUUUCCCUGUGUAUUCUGAUUCUGUUGAUGGAAGGAGAGAUGGCUGUGACUGUUCCCAUGAUAACCUGUUGUUUUCAGCCUCUGGUGUGGGAGAACAGGAAGCGCCGUGCCAUCCUACAUCAUUAAUGUUUCUAAACAGGAAAACAAAAACAAAAAUCUGUUGGUGCACUUUUUUUUUUCUUUUUCGGGGAAUAUACUAGACCGUACAGUAGGAGUUACCUAUGAAAUAUUCAGAGCAUGUAUGUUGGGGGAAAUGGUAAAACAGAAUUACUGUUGGCACAGAACUGAUGCGCAGAGCAUGUUAAGAAUUGCACUAAGAUGGUAUUCCUUUCACGCUGAGAUCAAUUUAAGAUACAGUACCUGUAAAAUAUUCAUGGUUAAAAAUGUUGCUCAGUCAGUCAGCAAUCGAGAUGUUUCUAAAAUGUUUUUGAAGACAGAACUUGCCCACCUGAGCAGAAUUCUCUGAAAAAUGCCAAGUGCAAUCAAGACUCCUACAUCUGACGCAGGUCACACUGCAGAUCACUUGCUUUCCAACAUUAGCGUGUCCAUCAUGGAAGACGAAGAUGACGAGAUGGACACUCUCUUGGACAUGUGUCUAACUGUACAUAGGACACCGCUGGUCUGAACCACACUGUUCUGCUCUGCCAAAACUGUACCAGUCGACUCGCAGUGGGAUUCUCAGACACUGACAACAUGUCUUGAACAGAGACGGCGUUGUGCGAACUCGUAGGACACUGGUGGCGUGUGAAAUUCAAGUCUGGUUUCUUUUUGUUUCACUUGCUCUCCAGCCGGCCGAGAGGCGAGGGGUGUUUUUGCCAGCUGCUACCAGAGCGAGGCAGAAAGCCCUACAACUUAGAAGAGAACAUAUUGUAAAAGCCAGUAGCUACUCAAAAUAAGACAAUAGACAACUUGCAUGUUUUCUGUCCAUUUUUUCUUCCUCGCUCUUUUUUUUUUUUUUUUUUGGUGCGAGACAUCUUUGUAGGGUGUGAAUAUAAUGGCAUUAGAUCCAUGUGACUUAAGAUUUUACUGAUAGAACAAUAGCUUUACCCAGUAACAAAGCCACCAUUUUCUUCAUUAUUGGAAACAAAAUGAGCAUCUAUUCUCUUGUAACACAGGAAUGGGUAUUCCUAGAAUAUUGUUAUAAACUGGCAACACAUCAGUUUAGUCGAGUGUAACACUAGCUUUUAGCUAUUUCUCUGCAGUGAGGUUGUUUGUAACACUGGAUGACUUUUUUUGGGUUGAUUUUUAUAUUAAUACAAUUAUCCUAUUGUA